CACCUUUUAGCAGCAACUGAGGUACGAUGGCAGUGCGUUACGAGCUGUGCGUUGGUCUCAACCGAGGCCAUAAGACUACAAAAGUCAAGAAUGUGAAAUACACUGGCGUCAAGAAAGUCAAGGGACUACGUGGUUCCCGUUUGAAGAAUAUUCAAACCCGUCACACCAAGUUCAUGCGCGAUUUGGUGCGUGAGGUGGUUGGCCAUGCCCCCUACGAGAAGCGUACCAUGGAAUUGCUGAAGGUGUCCAAGGAUAAGCGCGCCUUGAAAUUCCUGAAGCGCCGUUUGGGCACACACAUCCGUGCCAAGAGGAAGCGUGAGGAGCUGUCCAACAUUCUCACCCAGCUCAGGAAGGCUCAGACCCACGCCAAGUAAACAAGAACAACUACAGCAGCAACGGCAUGAACAACAACAAAAGCAUAGCCGGCGCAUGUUUGUUAUUCUUUAAUGUGUGUAUCCGUAUUCCGCUGGCGCGAUUUUUUUUUGAGCACCACUCGCAAGAAGUGUUAACUGAAAAAUGAAAUUCAAUUCUACCCGAAUUAAAAGAAACUUAAAAUUUACCUACAACUA